UUGGUCUCCUGAGGUUUUUAAGGGGAAGAAGGCAGAACCUUUUGGAUGUGCUUGCGUCUGAAAUCUUAUUACACACAAUUUAUUAAAAAUUCUUUAAUUGCAUUCUGACGUAGUUCACAGUCAGUGUGUCACAACUUCAUGCAAAGUUAAUGGUCCUGAGAUGAAAGCAACUCCCAGAAUGAAAGCCGGCUGCCUGCUGAAAUGGCUGGACUUGUCAGACCCAAAACACUGUUCUAGGUUUUAUUAGCAACAAAUGUAUUCACUCUGACCAGCAAAGAGCUUUUCAAGAUGUCACUCUCAGGACCCCGCAAAUCUCUGUGUGUGCGGGAGCCUCUUUUCUUUCUCCGUCCUGAGUGGGAGCUGGAGGCCUCACACUCCAGCGUCCCUCCUUCUGCAUGCUGAGGCGCACUUGUGUGCACCGUUUGCGUCUCCAUUGGCGUCAAUGCUGGGACUUUCUGCGGCAACACCAAGCUCCUCCCACCACUCCACGCCCCGCCCCGUUUCCUCUCUGUAGUUAUAAAGCGUGGCUCACCCUCGUUCUGCCACUAUUUACAGCCUCAGCACCAGAGCAAAGAUCAGCAUCUUCACAUCAGUGUGUCCAUGCCAGACACGCAGUCAUGAAUGUAGGAAUCUACGUGUGUGUUAUCCUGGCGGCUCUUUUCACUGGCUCCCUAACUCUGCCUUCAAAGUCAAUGAGAACUGAAAGAAAAGCCCUUGUGACAGAAAGCCUACCUGUCCCAUUAACCAAUCACACACGCCAGGCCCGCUCCGCUCCUGCGCCCCCUUCAGGACAGUACAACCAGCUGCAAGGUGAACCAGCCCAGAACAGCCUGAGCCAGCUGCUGGCCAGACUCCUCUCCAGAAAAAGCUCUUCCCUCCAGACCAGAUCCUCCCUCACCAGCAGAGCUGCAGCCCCCAGUCACAGGAUAAAGGACAGAGAUUACCUGGGAUGGAUGGACUUUGGGCGCCGUAGUGUGGAGGAGUACGAAUACUCCCCAUAAAGCUGCAGGUUUCAUCUCCCCAACAUCUAAAUCAAAAAGCCCUAAAACACGGUUCACCCUUUUCACUCCACAAAUGUGACUUUUCAAUCAAAAUCUUCACCUUUUGUUUCUGAUUUUGUUCUGACAAAUAAAAUGCUUUCACUAAAACAUCAAAUGUAAGUAAAUUUACCAAAAAAUUCCGCAGGAGAAAGAAGAGGCACAGCUAAUCAGCUUCAAUCUGUUAAUGAUAUUUAGGAACUGUAGACAUGAGUGACACACAAAAGUCAGGAUUACACGCUCUGCAUGCUCUAGAUCUACAUCUGAAAUGGUUUCAUCUGGAAGGAUGUUUGCUCCCUGUAAUAAAAGAAAUCCAAAAGUUGAUUUUAUCAGCUUUCACAAUCACUUUCUGUCAAAUAAAUGUUGAUUGUUCUCUGGGAAGACAUUAAUAAAAUAACAUU